CCUAAAGUCUAUCCAAACUCUGGCGUUUCAGUUUCACUUAAAUUCCUGUCUUCCAUCUAUAUGAUUUUGGGUAUUUGUGAAAAUUUGUGUUUUUUAUUUCUAAAUUAAAAUUUAGUUCAAGUAAAUUUUAAGUUCUGAAGUAAAGUAAAAUUGUGCCCAUUUUUGUAAAAUCAAUUUUCUAAUGCAACUUUUGAUAAGAAACAAAAAUGUCCUAUCAAAAAAUUCUCAAUUACGGAAAAUACGUUAGAUAUCAUGCCAGGAGCUUGCGUGUUGAUGCAAAUAUCCGUAAGACCGAUUCUUUGGAAGAUGCUUUAUCCUUGCUGGGUAUCCGAAGAAAGGAGGACCUUUUAAAAUUCAUUAGUAAAAGGGGAGUUAAGAAUUCAAGUCGGGAACCAUCCGUUCCUGCCUCGCGCUAUGAAUCUGCUAAAAGCCUUCGCACCCCAAAGUCAAGAGCUCCUACAGAGUCUCUUAGCUUUAUACGAUUCCCUGUUGAUAAGGACCUGAUACGGAGAUUGCAGGUUGAAAAGCGUCAGCAACGAACUAAGAACACCGUACUUCCAAAGAUGGUGGACGAUUGCAAAAAGCGUAAAAGUGUCUUUACACGAUUUUACCAGAUGGCCUUUAUGGCACUUAGUGUGGGCCCCAUCGGACAAAUUAGUCGCAUUCUCAUCGCUUUCUUUAGUUUGCUUGUGUCCAUGGUAUCAUGUAAUAACAACGCCAAAAUAGUACCUCAAGAAUCCAGGAGUUUCUUCCAUAGAAAUGUGGCAUAUCUUUUUCCACCAUUUCCUGAUGAGAUGUUGGUGUAUACGAUUGAUAGAUUUGCAAAGUUGCUUCUAGGUUACAGGAGCAAGACGAAAGUCGCAAACCCCAUAAGAGCGUUAAAAGGUGAGGAAACUAGGACCCAAGACCCCUUCGAAACAAGGAAUAAGUUGGUCGUUACAAGUAACUGCUCCUCCAAAAAUUCAUCCGAGUCGCUUCUAAUCGGUGGUUCUUUCUGUAAACCCUUUAAGGGGACAACUAAAGAUCCCUUGAAUACCAGGAAGGAAGUUCGCUCCAUAAGAGAGUUUAAAGGUGAGGAAUCUAUGACCCAAGGACCCUUAAAAUCAAGGAACAAGUGGGUCGUUACAUGCAACUGCUCCUCCAAAAAGUCAUCAGAGUCGCCUCUAAUCAGUAGUUCCUUCUGUAAAUCCUUCACGAGGAUAAGAAAACCUACCACGAAGGAUAUAAGCCCCAUAAGAAAGUUUGAAGGUGAGGAAACUAGGAACUAUAGACUAAAAUCAAGCAAAAAAUGGGUCGUCACUUGUAAUUGCUCCUCCAAAAGGCCAGCCGAGUCGCCUCUAAUCGGUGGUUCUUUCUGUAAAUCCUUCAAGAAAAAAACCAAAGAUCCUUUGAAGUCCCCGAAUGAAACUUUGCUUGUUGAUAGCAAGAUUUUAAAAAAUUUGAAGAAAAGUCAUAGAGGUCAGUUGGGGUCAACCAGCUCAAUAUUCUUGAAAUCUUUCCCUACCGAGGAGCUAAAUUUCUAUGAGCCAUUCGAGGAUACGUCCGAUCUCACACUUUUAAUCAAGCCUCGGCAGAAGCGAAGGAAACCAAAAUCUUUAUGGUCCAUGAGUACAAAGUGUACCCCUUCUCACCCUGAACCACCAUGCAUGGAUUGCUCAUUUUGCAAGGCCUUCAAGAGAACUCUUGCUCACAUGGAGGAUGGCUGCAAAAGGGCUUCUUAUAAGGCAAGCUCCUUGAUGGAGGAUAUCGAGCAAACAUCAGCCAAAGUUAUAGGCCCAUUGUAUAAGCGUUCAGAAAAUCGGGGAUCCUGAAAUGCUUUUUAGUACUGGUGGUAAUACUUUUGUUUUUGGCGUAAAAUUGGUGUUUGGAAAAGAAAUAAUAAAUAUUUAUUUAGAUAACUAGUUUUUUGUUUGAAGAGAACUUAAAUGGAUAACCUCUUCAAAAAUAUAUUAUUUGCAAUGCAACUUGGAAAUCAAUCUCAUCCCCUAUGGCCAUAAAUCCAUUCCAUCAUUAUGUGCUGUCCAUGUGAUGUUUGACCUAUUCUGGCCUUAAUGCGUACCGCGAAUGCUCACAUUUCAUUGCAUCAGUCACGAGAGGUGAAUGAGGAGGAAAGCCAUAACAAUUCCACUCGACGUAUUAAAUGCAAUCAACAAAA